UUUGUAUGGGGGUCCAUUGCCAAAACAAAAAGCAUAGGAGAAAGUAGGUCACCUUGUCGUAGUCCAGCCGGUGCUGAAUUGGUCUUCCGGCCUUCCCAUUGAGCAGCAGUGUACUCUAGCACCAGCACUAAGAUUAUGGGGAGCAAUUAUACAAGUGAGAUGCAUGUCAUAUCAUGGUGACACAAGAUAGGAUAAAUCAGCUGUUAUAAAUAGCACCAGCACUAAGCACAGGUUGCAUGUAUUAACACAGCUAGUCUUACUCUUACACACCUGGUUGAGACACAUACUACACCAGCACAGCAGACGCAGCCCAUCAAUCCUCCAAAUGCGUAGCUAUAGAGCAACUUGCACGACGGUGCUGCCCACGGUGUGCUUGCUGCUGCUAACCGCCUCGAUGUUGGGCUUCGGCGCCACACCGGUGGCUGCAGAAGCCGGCGACGAGGCCGCUCUCCUGGCCUUCAAGGCCGCAGCAGCCGGUGGCAAGAGCGAUGCUCUUGCUUCGUGGAACCGCAGCACCACCGGUGGGUACUGCAGCUGGGAGGGGGUGAGGUGCCGGGGCACACGCCGCCGAGUGGUGGCGUUGAGCCUGCCGUCUUAUGGGCUCACCGGCGUCCUCUCGCUCGUCAUUGGAAACCUAUCAUCCUUGAGGAUUCUGAACCUGACCUCAAACGGGUUUAGCGGGAACAUCCCCGUGAGCCUUGGUCAUCUGCGCCAUCUCCAUACUCUCGACUUGAGACACAAUGCCUUCUCUGGCACAAUCCCAACCAACUUGAGCUCUUGCACUAGUCUAAUGAUCAUGGCAAUUGGCUUCAACAAUAUCAGCGGCAACGUGCCCCUUGAGCUCGGCCACAACCUGAAGCAGCUCAAGGUGCUCAGCCUGACCAACAACAACCUUACGGGACCGAUCCCGGCGUCAUUGGCUAACUUAUCAUCAUUGAGUAUCCUAGAUCUCUCGUUCAAUCAUCUCGAGGGUACUAUCCCGACUAGUCUUGGCGUCCUGAGGGAACUUUGGUAUCUUGAUCUCAGCUACAACAAUAACCUCUCUGGUGAGCUCCCAAUGUCCCUUUACAAUUUGUCUUCCUUGGAAAAGUUGCAUAUUCAGUGGAACAUGCUCAGUGGUAGUAUGCCUACGGAUAUCGGCAGUAAGUUUCCAAGCAUGCAAAUCCUUGACUAUGUGGCAAACCAGUUCACUGGGCCCAUCCCUGCUUCGCUCUCUAACCUCACACUACUUCGGCAACUCCACCUUGGACAGAAUUUGCUUAGUGGAUAUGUGCCUCGCACCAUGGGGAAACUACGAGCACUGCAACAUCUGCACUUGGUCAACAACAUGUUAGAAGCUAACCAUGCGGAGGGGUGGGAAUUUGUUACUUCUUUGUCAAACUGCAGCCAGCUCCAAAUAUUAGAUAUCUCUAACAACACCGCUUUCACUGGACAGCUACCAAGCUCAAUAGUGAAUCUCUCAACAAACCUGCAAAGACUCCGCUUGGACAACACUGGAAUUUGGGGAGGCAUCCCCUCCUCGAUCGGCAAUCUGGUUGGCCUUGAAAUCCUUGGUAUUUUUAAUACUUAUAUAUCUGGAGAAAUUCCAGAUAGCAUUGGCAAACUAGGAAACUUGACUGCACUUGGUUUGUUCAAUAUUAACUUGUCAGGACAAAUACCUUCGUCUGUUGGCAACCUCUCAAAAUUGGCUAUCCUUGAUGCAUAUCAGACCAAUCUAGAGGGACCAAUUCCACCAAACAUAGGGAAGAUGAAGAGUAUAUUUUCCCUUGAUUUGUCACUGAACCACCUGAAUGGAUCAAUUCCUAGAGAGAUUUUUGAACUGCCACUUCUAACUUUAAGUUACUUAGAUUUUUCAUACAAUUCAUUAUCAGGAUCUAUACCCUAUGAAGUUGGUAACUUGGUGAACCUUAACAGAUUAGUUCUAUCAGGGAACCAAUUAUCUGGUGAGAUACCUGAAAGUGUUGGGAAGUGCACUGUGCUGCAAGAACUUAGGUUGGACAGUAACUUGUUUAACGGAAGCAUACCACAACAUCUAAACAAGGCUCUAACUACACUCAACCUGUCAAUGAAUGAAUUAUCUGGUUCUAUUCCUGAUGCCAUAGGAAGUAUUGUUGGUCUAGAAGAACUGUGCCUGGCACACAACAAUUUGUCUGGACAAAUCCCUACAGCUCUGCAGAAUUUGACAUCAUUGUUGAACUUGGAUUUGUCCUUCAAUGAUCUGCGAGGGGAAGUGCCAAAAGAUGGGAUUUUCACAAUGUUGGAUAACAUAUCAAUCAUUGGAAAUAACAAGCUUUGUGGAGGAAUACCCCAGCUUCAUUUAGUUCCAUGCAAGAUAGAUUCUGUGCAAAAGAACAGAAGAGGGAAACUGAAGCAUCUUAUAAUAGCGCUAGCAACAACCUUUGCACUCUUAUUAUUAGCUAUUGUUAUUGCACUCGUUCACUUGAUCUACAGGAAGCAAAGACGAAAGCAGAAGGGCCCAUUCCAACCACCAACAGUUGAGGAACAAUAUGAAAGAGUUUCUUAUCAUGCAUUAUCGAAUGGAACCAAUGGAUUCUCAGAAGCUAAUUUGCUUGGUAGAGGGAGCUUUGGGACAGUCUAUAAAUGUCUUUUUCAAGCUGAGGGGACUGUUGUGGCUGUAAAGGUUUUUGACCUUCAACAAUCUGGCUCUACUAAAAGUUUUGUUGCCGAAUGUGAGGCACUGAGAAGGGUGCGCCACCGCUGCCUUAUGAAGAUCAUCACAUGCUGCUCAAGCAUCAAUGAACAAGGUCAGGAUUUCAAGGCAUUGGUUUUUGAGUUCAUGCCAAAUGGUAGCUUGAAUCAUUGGCUCCAUAUAGAAUCUGGCAUGCCCACUUCGAACAAUACUCUCAGCCUUGCACAAAGGCUAGAUAUCGUUGUUGAUAUCAUGGAUGCACUGGGCUAUCUUCAUAAUCACUGCCAACCACCAAUCAUCCACUGUGAUCUCAAACCAAGCAACAUCCUCCUUUCACAAGACAUGAGCGCCCGAGUUGGAGAUUUUGGCAUAUCUAGAAUCAUUUCAGAAAGUGAAAGUAUAAUUGUGCAAAAUUCCAAUAGCACAAUUGGCAUAGGCUCCAUUGGCUAUGUUGCUCCUGAGUACGGUGAAGGUUCUUCCAUCACAACUUUUGGCGAUGUUUAUAGCCUCGGCAUAUUGCUGCUCGAGAUUUUUACAGGGAGGAGCCCAACAGAUGAUAUGUUUAGAGGUUCAAUGGAUCUACAUAAGUUUUCAGAGGAUGCUCUUCCAGAUAAAAUUUGGGAGAUAGCUGAUACGACAAUGUGGCUACACACUGGCACCCAUGAUAGUAAUACAAGAAACAUAAUUGAGAAAUGUUUGGUUCAUGUCAUUGCUCUAGGGGUAUCUUGCUCAAGAAAACAGCCUAGAGAGAGGACACCGAUACAAGAUGCGGUCAAUGAGAUGCAUGCUAUCAGGGAUUCAUACCUCAAGUUUGUCAGACCUCUUGUGGUGGAACAUGGAGCAGGAACGAUCUUGUAG